AUGCCUCGAAAACGUCGUGUAAGUUUAAACCAGCCAUCCCACCAUUGGCAAAAUGAUGCUAAGUAUUGCUGGCGCCAGGCCGAUGACGAAGAUGAGGAGGCGGUAGACAGUGAAAAUGGCUCUCCACUACGCACGCAGACGCAACGAGCCACACAGCGCCGACAUAGUGCUACCCCUGAGUCUGAUGACGAAUACCAGCAGGGCGGGCACCUGCAGACCUCUGCUUCGAUGAAUGUGAUGGUGAAGAAGCUGGUUCGGCUAGCCCUGGCUUGUGAAUACUCACGUCAAACCAUUCGCCGAACCGACAUAUCUACUAAAGUGCUGGGUGAGGGUGGAUCACGGCAUUUUAAGCUUGUCUUCCUCGAUGCACAGAAGACGUUGAAAGAUGUCUUUGGCAUGCAGAUGGUAGAGCAACCAAAUAAAGAAAAAGUAACCAUAAGCCAGAGGAGAGCGGCUCAACGUGUAGAAAAGGCAGGCACGUCAAAGUCAUGGAUAGUCAUCUCUACACUGCCCUCCGCUUAUCGGACUCCAGCCAUCUUACAGCCGUCCAAAGCGCCUUCUUCAGCCACUGAAAGCUCAUAUGUAGCAAUAUACACCUUUAUCAUAUCGCUGAUCAUGCUAUCGGGCGGGUCGUUGUCAGAAGGCAAAUUGUACAGGUAUCUCCGCCGCGUCAAUGCGGAAACACAGACACCGCUUGAUAGAACGGACAAGUUACUCACUCGGCUGUGUAAGGAAGGAUACCUACUAAAGAUCCGGGAUUCAGACACGGGGGAGGAGGUAAUUGAGUAUUUUGUUGGCCCGAGGGGUAAGAUAGAGGUUGGCGUGUCAGGCGUGUCAGGAAUGGCAAGAGAGGUAUUCGGUAUAGGGCAAGAAGGUGAAGAUGAAGAUAGUAAGCAGUUUGAGAAGAGGUUGAAAAGGAGCUUAGGUAUUAAAGAUGGUAAUAUUGCGGAAGCAGAGAGUGCUGAGGCAGAGGCGCCUCGAAGGAGAGGUCGUCGGGAUGACGAUGACUCCGAUGCAUAG